AUGCUAUCCGACUCGGAAAGCGCUCCACCCAAACCACCCCCGUCUAUUGACGACUCAACGUCUGCUCUAGACUACAAAAGGAGGACGACGCUGCAGCACCGUCCCCCACCCCUGCCCACCAUGGACCUGCGCCCCCGGUCGGCGGAGGAGGCAGUGACGAACAUUCUGUACAACACGCCGCCACCAAGUCUGCAGCCCUUCAAGACGCACGUCUUGAACUGUCUCGUGCAGAACGAGCCCGGGGUGUUAUCCCGCGUGGCAGGCAUCCUCGCAGGGCGCGGGUUUAAUAUCGACUCGCUCGUCGUGUGCCGCACCGAAAUCCGGGACCUCUCCCGCAUGUGCAUCGUCCUGCGCGGGCAGGACGGCGUCAUCGAGCAGGCGCGCAGGCAGCUCGAAGACCUUGUCCCUGUGUGGGCCGUCCUCGACUACACCGAUACGCACUGCAUCGAGCGCGAGCUGCUCCUCGUCAAGGUCUCCAUCCUCGGCCCCGAGUACAUCGAGGAGCAGCUGCAGGGCGGGCCCACGCACGAGCCGCGGCGGUUCCCGCCCACCACCGGCACCGACGAGGACAAGCUGCAGCGCGAGAUGGCGCUCGCGCAGCACUUUGAGCACGGGGCGCACCCCCACCCCGAGGGCGACGCGCACACCCCGCCGCCGCUCACGCCCACGCAGGCGCUGCACCUGCGCAGCGACAACAUGAACGCCGUCGCGACGCUCUCGAAGCAGUUUGGCGGGCGCAUCGUCGACGUCAGCGAGAACAGCGUCAUCGUCGAGAUGAGCGGCAAGACCAAGCGCGUCGAGGCGUUCCUCGCGCUGCUCAAGCCGUUCGGCGUCCUGGAGGCGGCGCGUACUGGCCUGAUGGUCAUGCCUCGUACACCUAUCACACGGUCCCCAGAGGACGACGAUGAUGCAGAUGCGGUCGAUGCUCUGGAUGCCAGCUUGCUCCCUCCAGGCUAA